AUGGAUAUGGGCAAGCUGUGCCUCUUGCUAUUCCUGCUGCCCGUUUCGGACGCGCGCCUCCGUGGCUUCAAGGCCCAGGAUCUUCCCGCAGCGGAGGCUCCAUCGUUGGAAGUUCCAGCCACCGUCUCGUGUGGCCAGGAGUCCCCUGCCGUGCCCGACACGCCCCUGGGCGAGUUCGACGAGCUCGCGCUGCUCCAGCGGGAGAUGACUCCGACCCAGGGCGUGCACCAGAAGAGCCACGAGGAGUGGCUGGCGCACGCCAGCGAAGGCCAGACGAAAAUCAGCGCAGACGAGAGAGUCCUGCACAACGACACGGUGGUCGGGCAGCUCUCGAAGCUGAGCUCGGAUGGUUGUGCCGACGACCCGAUGUGGCAAGACGCUGACGGCGAUGGCUGCGAGAUCUAUGGGUUCGCGAUCGCGUCUGGGAAGAUGACUCAGGAGGCGGUUUGCAAUGGGGGCGGUGACGUCCCGCCCGCCCGAGGGCUCCGCGGCUCUGCAAUGCGGGUCGUAGCGGACGCCACGGCCAAGGAUCUUCUGCCCCGUCACGUGCGGCAUGUGCUGAGGCACCGGGCGCACGGUGGCCGAAGAGAGAUACCAGUACUUGUGUGCACCCUCGUACCAUCGUCAAUCUGUGCUCUCGAUCCCCUAAUUAGCGAGAGCCCGAGGGCUCCUCCUUCACUGAACAAUUACGGCUACAAGGUCCGCCAUGGGACUCGGAAUCAAGCACGGAAUCGGCAGUCCGUCGCUCGCGGCCAGUGCAUCGUACUUCAUAACGCCCUGACCCCCUUAUGGGGCCAGGAUGCGCGAACCUGA